CGGAGCGCGGCCUGGGCUCCACAAGGCACGCGCCUGGAGACCAGCACGCGGCUCCCGGGACCGUGGAACUCGGCUCUUGGCACGUGCAGCCGCGGAUGGGGCGGGUGCUCCUUUUGCUCUGUUUGCCCCAGAGGCGAAGGAUCAUCUACAGAAGGGUUCGGCUCGUCUUCGUGCUGCUAUGGCGGCCCGUUAUGAUCGGGCGAUCACCGUGUUUUCUCCCGACGGCCACUUAUUUCAAGUGGAAUACGCGCAAGAGGCGGUGAAGAAGGGUUCGACGGCGGUUGGCAUUCGAGGCACAGAUAUAGUUGUGUUGGGAGUAGAAAAAAAGUCUGUUGCUAAACUUCAAGAUGAAAGAACUGUAAGGAAGAUUUGUGCCCUCGAUGACCAUGUCUGCAUGGCUUUUGCAGGCCUAACUGCUGAUGCUAGAAUAGUAAUUAAUCGAGCCCGUGUGGAGUGCCAAAGCCAUAAACUGACCGUUGAAGAUCCAGUCACAGUAGAAUAUAUAACACGUUUCAUAGCAACACUGAAGCAGAAAUACACACAGAGCAACGGACGCAGACCUUUUGGCAUUUCUGCUUUAAUUGUGGGUUUUGAUGAUGAUGGUAUCCCAAGGUUAUAUCAGACUGACCCAUCUGGUACUUAUCAUGCUUGGAAGGCAAAUGCAAUAGGCCGCAGUGCUAAGACUGUUCGUGAAUUUCUGGAAAAAAAUUACACAGAAGGCACUAUAGCAACUGACAGUGAAGCUAUCAAAUUGGCAAUAAGAGCUCUGUUAGAAGUUGUACAAUCUGGUGGAAAGAACAUUGAACUUGCCAUCAUAAGAAGAAACCAACCAUUGAAGAUGUUUAGUGCCAAAGAAAUUGAAUCUCAAGUUGUGGAUAUAGAAAGGGAAAAGGAAGAAGCAGAGAAGAAAAAAUCCAAGAAGACAAUUUAAUGCUAUGUUCUUGUACCAGUUGAAAAAUUAAUACCAUUCGGAAAUUCACCGCAGUUUUAUAGAAAGCAAAUUAUCUACUGUGUUUGCAUUGUUGGGUACACAAUUUUUUUGCCUGAGCUUUUGGGACAAAAUUUGUGGCUAUUUUCAAAGAAUUAGUCCCAGUAAUAGUUGAAAGCAUGGUUAUAUCUCAGAUUCUGAAACUUUUGCCAUAUGGGAUUUUCUGUAGCAUAUGUCUGAUAUAGCAAUUUGAAUUUAUACACACAAAAAUGUUUGAAAUUAAAAAUUCAAUAAAGUGUUAAGCAUUUACUAUCAA